UUAAAAAACCUAAUAGGUAUAUAACGGUGCUAAAUUAUUCACAGAUUAUCAUUCAGCAGUUGUUUGAUGCAAAUUGAACAGCUACCAAAUAAUUAUCUCACCAUGAAGCUGUUAGCCGUCGUCGUGAUUGGAUUCGUAGCCUUAGCUGGCUCAGAAGCCCAUUCUACUCAUCAUCACCAUGAUACACAAACUGAAGUAGAACGUAACACUCAAUUAUAUUCAAAUGAUCGUUACGACCAGUACAAUAGCAACUAUGGUGCAAAUCAAUACCAACAACGCAACGAAGAAUUGAACCAACAUCGCAACAACAUCAACCAGGAAAGCUCUAACGAAAGGUUUUUGAACAAUCAAAACCAACAUAACAAUCAAGUCUUGAAUGAAUUCAGCGAGUCUAACUGGAAUGUUCAAACUCCUAGUCGUUCGAUUAACAAGAACAGUCAAAACCAACCAAUUAAACACAACAGCCAGGAGGUAUUCGAAAGCCAGAAUCAGUGGAGUAAAUCACAAUCUUCUACAAAUGCCAACCAACAAAGCCAAGAGGAACUUAACCAACAUAUUAAAUUGAACAACAAAAACCACGCAAGUCAGAAUUAUGGAUCUGCAGACUCUUUGGAAUCAAACUCCCAAGAAGAUUACGUCAAGGACCACCACAAGAACGAUAUAUCCAACGAAAUUGGACUUCAUGUUGCACAGAAAAUGGUUAGAUUCUUUACCAUCGUGGAUCAAUACUCUGCCUCCAAUGGAACAAUGCAAACCAACCAAGCUCCCGAAUACCUUUCCUUAAGACAACACUAUAUGCCGAUGGAACAUCAACAGUACCUUAACAUCAACGAGAGCAAUGUAUACGGUCUUAAAGUCGGUGUCAUCAAGUCCAUGUAUUUGAACACAGAGAGGAAUUGUGUCGAUUUGGAAUACUUCUUUCAAAAAUUGACGGUGAAAUCUAAAUUCAACGCCAACGAAGGACUUGAAAAAUCUUUCAAUUUGAACAUGUUGAACACUGACAUGACUGUGUCUACCGAAUUGGAAAACCGCAACCGCAACUACGCCCAUUGCCGAAACGGAAAUGUCCAACUUGUGUUGAAAAACAACGAAGACUCAUCUGAAAGCCAAUCGAUCAAGGAGACAAUUAAAACCAAUUACGUUCAAUUAUUAAACUCAGAAAUUGAAAGUGAAAUGAUCCGCAACUCUUACAAUGGUUUGGUUGGAUGUUUAAGAUCUGAAAUCGAAUCUACCUUUGAAAUGCCAUUGAACAAAAAACUCAAUUUAGACAUUGAAAACAAAAAAUCUCAACUCUCAGUCUCUUUUGUAAGAUCCCAUUCGUGGAACGAUGAACAAUCCAGCAAUCAAUUCAUCAAACAGAAGACAGUCCAGUACGUCGCUAUCCGUCAAAACAAAUCUGGAAACGGUUACAAAUUGAAAGUCAAGAUUGUGUUGGCUAAACAACCCACAUGGGAAUCCGAUAUUGUUGCCCAAAAAUUAAACCAAAAAAUCAACAUCGACAACGUAAAAUUCACCGCUCAAAACAUUGUUGCUAGUGCCGUCAUGCAACUCGUACAACAGAAAAACGGUGCUUACAAAUUCAACGUCGAAGAAGCCAACAUCAAAUUGGAAGGCCUCAGAUACGAUAUUGGAAAAUUCGAUCUACCAAAAAACACUAACGAAAAAUUAGCAAGGGAGAUUGGACAAAAUCUACAGACGAUCAUGGAGAACGGCAUGAGCGCUGCUCUGCGACAACAGUUGUACCAACAACAACAGAUCUGCAAACAACGCCCAACGGACUGCAACAGCUGCAGCCGAAACUAAUUCAACCUACUGUAAAAAACACAAUUUAUUAAGCACAUAUAGGUAUGUGAUAAAUAAUAUGUGA